UAGCGUUGGUUGUUUGUUGCAAUGAGUGAUUUGUAGUUUGUUGUGUGAUUUCGUGCUGCCAGUAUCUGUUUGUUUGUUACAAUAUUUUAUAAAGAAAUUACAUAAUUAUUUUAAUAAACUACAAUAUUUCAUUCAAUUUUAAACAGUCAUGGCUUAUCCGCAACUUGGCAAUAUGCAUGGUGCAACAUUAGGCUCAACUACUGGUUCGAUACAGGUGAAUCCAGAAGUACAACAAUGGUUUGCUGCAGUUGAUCGAGAUGGUAGUGGUAGAAUAAGUGCAGUGGAAUUAAAGUCAGCAUUAGCAAAUGGUCAAGGGGGAACAUUCUCUGACACAGCCUGCAAACUUAUGAUAGGAAUGUUUGACAAAGAGAAACGGGGAACAAUAGACUUGCAAGAAUUUCAAGCUUUGUACAACUAUAUUAAUUCUUGGCUUGGAGUUUUUCGAGGAUUUGAUCACGAUAAUUCAGGCAGCAUCCAGGAAAGUGAACUUUCUGCAGCUCUUACUCAGAUGGGAUACCGUUUUAGUCAAGAUUUUAUAAAGUUCUUGAUAAAAAAAAGUGACUUCAAUCAACAUGAAAGCAUUACUGUUGAUCAAUUCAUCGUUGUUUGUGUACAAAUUCAAAGAUUUACUGAGGCCUUUCGAAUAAGAGACACAAACCAAACAGGCGAAAUUAAUAUAAAUUUCGAGGAUUUCCUCUCUGUUGCACUAAAUUGCAGUGUGUAAACUUCGGUUAAUAUCAAACUAGAAUAUAAUCCAGUUACAUAGGUCAUGCUGUUCUAUGAGCUAGUAUUAUCCAUAAUGUUAUUCAAUUUAUAAAGGUGAAUGAACUUGCAUAUAAACCUUAAAUGUACGCGGGAAACUCCACGUAGAUUAAAAAUCUACUUACAAUUAGUUUCAUAUGCAGUUGGAAAUCUUGAUGUUUCUUAAAUCCAUCAGCCUAAUUGAUUUUGGUUUAUCCGCCAUUUCGUAGCUAUUUCACUGGUAAAUGACGCAAGCAAGAUAAUAAGGGAAUUACAUAUGAACUGCAUUACAUUAUUCAAGAGGUGAACAACAUUUGUAAUUAUACCUUGCUGAUAUACAUAUAGAAAAGAAAAGCUAGUGUUCGAUGAACGUUAUUUAAGCUUAAUGAUAGUAUUUUAUGAAAAAUUUUUAUUUUUUUUAAUGCAAAAUAUAUAUAUUGGACAUUUAAAUACCUCUUAAAAGGAUUUUAAGAAGCUACCUCGUAUUAUGCUUAUACAAUCUUUUAUAGAAAAGGACACGUAGAUUAUAAUAUAAUAAAUCUUAUGGAUAUCUAGAGAUUAUAUGCAUUGUAUAAGUUGAUUAAUCAAAAAUAUACACGACAUUCGACCGUUGUAACAUAUUCAACAGAUCACAAUAAAAAUAACUAAAAUUAA